CUCAGUCGGACUGUCGGCUCGCAAGAGGGCGGUGAAAAAUAGAAAAGGGGCUUUCUUGACUGACGUUAAACCGAAUAUUUUCUCAGUUUGACUGAAACCGUCAUGAUGUAGCUCAUUUUUCGGCUUAGGAGUAGACAUAUUGAAAUAUUAUACCUCAGAUAAGCUGUUUGAUUCUAUAUAAACAGCUGAUUAAUCGAGAUUUGAGACCACGACAUCGUGAGCGAAACCGGAAGAUCGCUCGGUUUGACUCGAGUCGAAGAUCAGAUGAACUGAGUAGACACAAUCUUUCGUAAUAUGUCGUUCAGUUGACAUGAUGAGGUUUAUAGGAAUUAGCUACCUCCGUAGUUGAUGCAGUUGUAAACGAAGUCGAACUAACAUUUGAGUUCGAGGCCAUUUUACUCUGUUAGCAUUUGACAAUUGAAUCUUUAAACAUGGCCGAUAUCCAGUACGUUAACAUAAAAGACAUUCGCCCGGGGCUGAAGAAUAUCAACGUGAUGUUUAUUGUGCUCGAGAUGGGUAAACCAACAAGGACGAAGGAUGGUCAUGAUGUAAGAUCGUGUAAAGUAGCAGACAAAAGUGGCUCCAUCAAUGUGUCUAUCUGGGAUGAGGCCGGCGACCUUCUCCAGUCCGGUGAUAUAUGCAGAUUAACUAAAGGGUAUGCAUCUCUUUGGAAAGGAUGUUUAACAGUUUACACCGGAAAAAAUGGUAUCAUCGCAAAAAUAGGAGAGUUCUGUCUCCAGUUUUCAGAGCUUCCUAAUAUGAGUGAAGCAAAUCCUGAUUUCCUUGCCAAAAAUGAUCAGCCACCGCAACAACGAAAGUCCCCGACGGAGUCUGACGGGUCCCAGACAAUGAUGCCCUCCCAGACGCCAGGAAACCGGCCCCAAAUGUCCGGUGGCCCGCCUCAAAUGGGUGGUCAAGGUGGAAAUGGUCAGUACCGUGGUCCCCGCCCCCAACAUUCUGGCCCCAGGGGACCACCGCCGAUCAAUGGCAGAGGGAGGGGCAUGAGGCGUUGAUUCUCAAACUGGUGCUGGAGUUCUACAAGGUUGUCUCCCUUCAAUGGUGCAAUGGUUGUCUCCCUUCAAUGGUGUGCCUGCUCUUCAAGAGCAAUAUAAGAUCAACAUAAAAAAUGGUCAAAAAUGAUGGAAAUGGUUUAAAAAAAUGGAAAGUGUUGUACGUUAUCGUUCUAAAAUUUAUGAAUUCUGAAACGCUUAAAAAUUAGGGGACAGAAUUACUUGAAGCUAGGCCUGAUGUCAAACUUGACCAUCAGCAUCUUUAUGAUAAACCCAUCAGACCCAUAAUUGACUGUGUGAUAUAGUGCUGUUCUGGAGACACGUGUACAUAUUUCCCUGGGUAUGUGAGCUGUGAAAUGGAUGUUUUGCUGGCUGCUUGUGGACGUUGGCUGCAUUGGACAUUUCCCCAUUGUACAGAUACAUUGCUGCAGAUGCAUGUGUCUGUUCCAUUUAUGGGGACAUCUCAAGUUCAGGAUAAUUGCAUAACAACCAUAUUGCAUGAAUUUUUCAUUACGUUUGUCCUGAUCUGAAACCAUAGAAAGACAUUCCUCCGAGAUGAUUUGGGAAAAAUUCUGUGAGAAAGUUUUAUAAAAAGUCCAGGAAGAUCCAGGUUUAUGAAGACUACUGAUAUUCUACAAAGAUUAUUCAAAUUCAAAUUAUUUAAAUCCGAGUAUAAGGUAUAAUUCUGGUUUGGUUUGUUUGUUUGUUGUUUUACGCCGCACUCAGCAAUAUUCCAGCUAUAUGACGUCGGUCUGUAAAUAAUCAAGUCUGGACCAGACAAUACAGUUACUGACAUCAUGAGCAUCUAUCCAUGCAAUUGAGAUCCAAGACAUGCGAGCCUGACGUAUAAUUCUGGAGCACUGCACAGUGGUAAAUGUGUUCUUUUGUCCAAUAAAAGUAGGGGUUUGAAUACUGGAUACACUUGUAAAUGGAAUCAUUCUGGGAAACAUUUUCUAUUGGUCAGUGUUUUACUGCAAUAACAGUAACACUGAGUGAAUGUUGCUUAAUGCCUGCAUUAUUGCAGCUGUGACAGUAAGUAAUUUGCCUGUGGUCUAGAUUGGUGACUGAAAACAUGAGCCUCAGUUACGAUGACACAGAAUCAGCUUUGUCACAUGUGGUGAAGACCUAAGUCAGCUCUUAAAAAAGGCAGGGCACUGGCCCAGUCUUAGGUGCUGCAAUUCACUGUGCAGAGUUGCGUCCCUUGGACAUGCCAGAAACCUAUGAUUGUGGGUUCGAAUCCCUGUUAGCCCCUGUUUCUAGGGGCCUGUUUGUCAGCACCAUACCCGUGCUCAUGGGUUUCACCAAAGUGGUAAAUGUCUAAGACCUGCUUCACUUCAGGCUUUCCUCCCUAAGACUGAAAUACUGUAACGUGACAUUAAACCCAACUCAUUCACUCACUCCGAAAACAGCCAUGAGUACCUAUAUUCCCCGACCAUCCCAACACGAUUUGACAUCCAAGAGACCCAAUAGUUUUUGAAUUAAGGGAAUUAAGAUGAUGUUGGAAAAUUUAUUAUUGUCUGGUAUGAUACUGCCGGCUCAAUAGCUUUUCGGGGCGGUGGGGUAGCCUAGUGGUUAAAGCAUUCGCUCUUCAUGCUGAAAACCUGGGUUCCAUUCCUCACAAGGUACAGUGUGUGAUGACCAUUUCUGGUGUCCCCUGCCGUGAUACUGCUGGAAUAUUGCUAGUAGCGGCGCUACAGAAUACUCUCUCAUUCCCAAUAGCUGGAAAAUGUCUGGAAAAACAUGACGUAAAUCCUUCAAAGUAAUGUGAUGAAAAUUAAAAAGCAUUGUUUGUUAUUUGACUAUUGCAAAAUAACGUGUGCGUUUGACUGGUGUUGAGUUCGUGAGACGGAUGUAUUAUCGAGAAUGAAUUGUGCUGGCAAUGAGGAUGAGAUUCAAAGAAGACUGGUUCAGUAUUUCCUCAUGUGGUGCGUUAAAUAUAUAUUGUGUUGUAGUAUGUGAAAUAAAAGCAAAGAUAUAAAUAAGAAACAAA